AUGGAUGACACCGGAGAAGCCCCAGACAGCGAGCACGGCCGCCGAACGGUGAACCUGCAAAAAUACACCAGCGUCGCGGACGCGGGCGUACACCGACCCACGGCGAAAACGCACCACCCGCCCGCGCCCGCGCCCACGCCCGAGUCCCUCCAAUAUUCGAGACCCGCUGCGCGCCGCGGCUCAGUGCGCGACGCGGCCCGCAAGGCUGCCGUCGACACGCACGACACGCACGACCGCGACCCCCUCCUCCUCCGCCCCGCGGCCCCGUCUGCGAGCCGGCGGCCCCCCAGCGCCCGCCUGGACACGCUCUCCCCCCCGCCGACGCACCUGCGCUCUCGGAGGGCGAUGAGCAUUCAACGUCCGAAACCGCCGGCAGUGGCGGACGAUCGCGGCCAAGACGCUGCCGCCCAUGGGUCCUCGGCGCGCGCACGCGCUCAGCGACGGUCUGCGUCGCCGGUGUCGGUGCCGAUGCCGAUGCCGGUGCGGGCGCGCACGCCGGGGGAGACCCGGGGGGACGCCGUCAUGCGCAUGUGCAGGGAGUUCGGGAUCCCCGCGGAGAAGGCGCCGGUGCUCAGGAGACUGGGGCUCUCGGACGAGCGGGUGCGGAGAGGGCAGUGGCUGGGGAAGCUGCGGGAGGACUUUCAGAAGGAGUUCGCGGCGGUGAUGGUGGGCAACGGGAUCAGCGAACUUGAUGCUUUUAUGGUGCUUUCGAGCGGCGCGGAGGCGAGACCUGGUACGGAGUAG